CUUAAGUCUGUCGCUGUUGCUGUCACUGGGUGAAGUGGCGCCGGUACCAACACGCCUGAAAGCCGCGGUCUAAAUGCUUCCCGAAAAGCAGGCGUCGCCCGGCUCACCGCAGGAGUUCUCCAUCGCGCAUGAUGACGACGAUGACGUGCCGCCAUCCGCCAGCAGUGAGUCUGCUCCCUCCAUCCCAUUGGGCGAAUCCACGUCCAGGGAGGCUGAUGAAGCACCUGGCAUGCAGAAGAUGAUGCAGGAGGCAUUCCCCAUGGACAAGGUGCAGAAUGGUCUUGGCGCCGCCAAGAGCUGGGUGUCCUGGGGCUGGGGCAGUGUGGUGCAGAGUGCCAAGAAGAUCGGAGACGACCUGGCCAACUCUGAGUUUGUGAAGGAAACUGAGAGGAUGGCGCAAAAGGCUGAGGAAAACAUCUCUCAAGGUGCAUCUGAGGCCUUCCGGCGAGUGAGUCAGGCCACAGACUUGGCGGUGAACAAAGCUGCUGAGACCAUGACACACCUGGAUCAGGAGAUCCAGUCUGGAAUUGCUGUGACGGAGGAGAAAGCGAAAGAGCUGCAGGAUCAGUUGAACCCGAAGCUAAAGGAGGCGGGGGAGAAUGCCCGGAAGUCGCUCAUGGGCGCGGCGCAGUGGGGUGCCAAGACCGCCAUUUGGUUUCAGUCUUUUGGUUCCGGUCAGCAUGUGGACAGCGACGAGGAGACUGGAGCUCAGGCAGAGAUGCCAUGGUCGAGCAUUCGUGCUGGGGACACUUGCGUGUGCAAGUCCUUGGUGAUCAUGCAGAAGGAGGAGUUCAUGGACAGUGAAAUUGUGCGCCGUGUGCAAGAGGGCGAGGAGCUUGAGAUUUUGGGCACGGAGCCCACAGGACAACGUUUCAUGGCGAAAGACAGCCAGGGGAACAAAGGAUGGAUCAGCGCUUUCAGCAAAGAAGGGACUCCGUUGCUGGACGUCACCAAGCGCCCCGCUGGCGUUCCCAGUGCUGCCGGAUCCUCCUCUGCGUCCUCCUCCGCAGGCUACCCACUGGAUGCUCCAUCCGCAUCCACGAUGCAGGACACCAGUGCUACAGUAGCAAACGGCAGUUCGGAUGGGACAAUCAAAGCAGAAGCAGAGAAAGGCAUUCAAGAGAAAGCUCAGAAGGAGGCUGAAGAGAAAGCCAAGAAGGAAGCAGCGGAGAAAGCUCAGAAGGAGGCCGAAGAGAAGGCAAAGAAGGAGGCAGAGCAAAGAGCUAAGAAAGAGGCUGAAGAGAAGGCAAAGAAGGAAGCAGCGGAGAAAGCCCAGAAAGAGGCGGAGGAGCAAGCGAAGAAGGAAGCUGAGGAGAAAGCCCAGAAAGAGGCGGAGGAGAAGGCAAAGAAGGAAGCUGAGGAGAAAGCCCAGAAAGAGGCCGAGGAGAAGGCCAAGAAGGAAGCUGAGGAGAAAGCUGAGAGAGAGGCAGAGGAAAUGGCCAAGAAGGAAGCGGACGAAGCCGCCUUGGCCGAUGCUGGUGGAACUGGAGCUGACCCUGGACAGACUGUGGGGCCUGCUGCAAAUGGAAAGGCUGAUGCACCGGAUGACUUUGCCGACUUGCUCGGCUGAGCACCCGACCGCCUGCGCUGAGUUGACCUGAUCUCCCGCUGAACGACCAAAUAUCCUCGAAGCUGUAUACAACAGUCUCCAUGCACAGUGAUU